AUGGUCACGCUCCCUACCGGACAUCGCUUCCGCCUGCACAUGCGACACCUCAUCGCCUUUCUCUGCCUCAUCAGCUUCACGAUCUACUACUUCAACAGUCCACCGUCGACAGCCACCUCUGCCCGCUUCUCUCCCUCUCAGGCCGAGACAGCCAAACUCCUCGCAUAUUGCCCGCACUCGACGUCUCGCAAACAUAUCCCGACCGUCAUCCUUCAGGGCACGCAGACCGCUGCACCGGACGCCAAUCGGACCGUCUUCGUCCUGGAGCAACCGGGCGAUCAGCCCGUACCCUUCCUCCCCUACGCCUACCCACCUCGCGAACUCCGCUUUGCGCAGACCGUCUCUGUCCAGGAUGAGGCGAAGCGGCGACCCGGCGCUGGUCGGUUGAACGACGGCGUGAACUCGGAUGACGAGCGAGGUCAGCAGCUGUGCAAGGUGCACCGCGUUGCGUCGAGUCCGCGCCCUCAGGUCCCCGAAGGAUGGAAGGACUCGAGUGUCAUGUUCGGCAUGUCGACAACACCUGAUCGCGUCUUGGCGAACUUGCCAGUCUGGUCGCAGUGGAUCCCGUCGGCAAAGCCUCCUCCGCUCGAUCCAAGCGUCAAGGCGAUGACAUCGAAGCUCCCGCUCGUCUUGGUUCUCACGCCGCCGCAAAACCCGACCGAGACGGCGCGCGCACGGGAGGCGAUGGAGGAGGCGAACGGGAUGGGCAUGUUUGUCGAGAUGAGGCAGAGGGAAGCGGAGCGGUUCGAGACGAGGUACUUUGCGUUGGCGGAGGAGAUGUGGAAGGAGGCGAAGCGAAGGGAGGAGGAAGAUGGCAUUCGGACGGACUGGUUCAUCUUCUCCGACGACGACACCUUCUUCCCCGAUUUCGACUCUCUUGCCCGCCUUCUCGGCUCGUACGACGCGAACGGAGACUGGUUGGUUGGCACACUGAGCGAGUCGACCAAGCAGGUCGCACAAUGGGGCCACAUCGCCUACGGCGGCGCCGGCAUCCUCGUCAGUCGAGGCAUCAUGCGUCGGAUGAACGAUGAAGGUGUCUGGAACCGCUGUCUCGCCAAAUUCGGCGCCUCGUUCGGCGGCGACGCUAUGGUGACGCACUGUGCUGCGCUCGUCAUGGAGAAGUCGGCCGAGGAUGCCCUAACGCUCGAGCCAACCCUGCACCAGCUCGAUAUCCGCGGCGACGGCACCGGCUUCUUCCAGUCCGGCUUCCUGUUCACGUCGCUCCAUCACUGGGGCUCUUGGUUCACUCUCUUCCCGCCAUGGCACGAGAGCGGCGCCGGCGAUUUGCGGAAGGGCAUCACGCUCGUCGGAAAGGCAGCGAAGGCAGUCGGAGGGGACAACUGGGGCAGGCGGUACGUGUUCGAGGGCGGAAAGGUGGUGGUCGCACUCGGGUACAGCGUGACGAUCGAGGCGAAGCCUCUUACACAGGCUGAGCUGGACAAGUCGGAGCACACAUGGUGGGAGUUCGAGACGUUCCAUCCAAUCCGCCCGGGCCAGGAAGAGGCGCUGGACAAGCGGACGUACUACGUUACUGGCGUCCGCCAGGUCGACGCCGCCGGCAUCUACCGCAUCGAGCACAAGAACCGCGAAGGCGAGCGCGUCGACAUCAUCUGGGACCAGCGGGAUACGAAGCCGAAGAAGCAUGGGUGGUUCUCGUAG